AUGAAAGACAAACAAGUCAGUGUGUAAUGCAUGAUGUCUAAAAGUUACUGUGUGAUUAUUAAUGUUAUACAAGGUUUAUUACUUAAAUGGGACAUGAAACCGUGAUGGGAACAAUAAUACAUUUUAUUUAUUUUCUUCAUUAGUUAACCGACCUCAAGAUGGCCAUUACACAGUUUCGACUCUUCAAAAUUUGCACUUGUUUCGCGUCUGUGCUUUCCUUCUUCAAGAGACUAAUAUGCAGGUAUCACUGCUGACAGUUCAUAAAUACAUAAUAAGGAUCUGAAUACAGCUACCCUGUGAUUGAGGGAAAAUCCAUUCUGCACACAGAAGUAUAAUUUUUCCUUUCUCAAAGUGCACUGGUCAUGCUAAAAUGGCACAGUGGAACUUUUUAGGUAAAAUUUAGUUUUCAAAUUGUGAACAUUGACAUGGGUUUCAACCCACUAAGUGUUAUCCCACUUGUUUUAAGUAGUGUUAGAUCACCUAUAUUGCAUGGCUGGAGCUAGCACAUUGAUAGAGGAAGAGUUAAACUUCAGCUGUAAGUAGUUUUUGGUAGAAUAGUGUGUAGAUUAAAUUUAGUUAUAACUGUCUCCCACAAUUUUAUGUGUAAUAUACUUUCUCGCUUUUAAAGGACCACUAAAGUCACACAGAGUACUUCAUCUCAUAGAAUUUGUUUGGGUGCAGUUAACCUGUCAUUUUAACAAUGCAAUGUAAAAUAUUGCAGAUUAGUAGAAACUGCAUUGCUUACAUUGGAGGGUUAAAUACACCUCUAGUGGUUGUCUUUCUGACUAAAACUAGAGGAGCUUACUCCUCCAGAAAUGAGUGAAACUCGGUCCUAGAAUCAAAUGCUGCUGAAAACCGCAUUUGAUUGGAGGAGUGCGACAUUUGGUUGCACAAGCCUAGCUCCAAUCAAUUUCUUCUUUAUGCAAAGCAAUGGAUUGGAGUAGAUGCGGGCCAUAUCACCUUGGAUGCUAAUAUCACUGAACGAGGAGAUGGAGGCUGCAGUGGAGGAGUCUUGGCCUAGAAACUGGUUGAGAAAACUUUUUAUUUAACUUCAGUUUUACUGAGCAAAGUAGGGUUGGGCAGUGAUCACAAAGCUAUAAGGGCACCUAUUUUUCCAAAAUAGCAAUUGUUAUUUUUGGGACAAUAGGUUCCCUUUAAGAUUUGAAGUGGCUUCAAACCUUAUGAAGUAUUUAGCAGAACUUCUCCUCCCCAUUUUUGUUGUUGCAUUAGUUGUGAAUAAAUAUGUACAAAUAUUCUAGGUGCCAAAGCAAUGUGAACCAUGGUGAACCAUUUUGAUUUCACAUUUAUGUAAAGAAAAUCUAAAAUGACAAUGUGUGUGUGUGUGUGUAUGUAUGUGUAUAUAAUUAUUUUUUUUUAAUAUCAAUUUAGAGGUGAAACAAGCUCUUUAAACUUUCAGACGUAUUGUUUUGUAGAGUGAAAAAAAAAAAAAAACAGCUCUAUUUGCCAGAGCUAUAGAAAACAUGAUUUGACAGUGCUAUUUACUAAAGAGAAUUUCCCAGAAUUUAAAAAUCGUUAUCAUUUUUUUUAUUUUUUCCAUUUCAUAUUUUCCUUUAGUGUGAUCACCUAACUCUUUAUUUUUUUAUUUUUUUUUUUUACCUCUGUAGGUCUGGACGAGGCAGGAAGCUAAGCGGAGAUCAGAUAACUUUGCCAACUGCUGUGGAUUACUCCUCUGUGCCUAAACAGGUUGGUGCAUGGUAUUUUGUAAAGCAUUAUGCUUAAUUGUAGUUUCUAAAGUAUUUUAGCAUUGUGCAGCAUAACCCAUGCUCGUACAUUUAGCCAUGUAAAUGAACACUUUGUUCUUCUUAUGUUGACACAUGUUGAUUAAUGAGUAUGGUAUUGUGUUUUGUGAAUAUAAUUUUUUUUAGUUUAUUUAACCUCCUUGAUGUACCCUGUACUUUGCUAUCGCUAAUACAAUUUUAAAUGCCCUUAAAACUGACAUAGCCAAGACCUGGCUGUUGCUAUAAUUCUCACAAAUUAGGCUUUCUGGCAAUAUCUCCCCCAAAGCUGCUUGAGUGACUAAUCCACUGUGGCAUCACUAUUUUGAUCAUGUAUUAAAAAUAUUGCAAGGGGGAGGAAGCUUGACUGGAAGUGAAUGGGACAGGAAGCCUUGGUGCAGAGCCUCUGGCACAUUAGUGAUGUACAGCUAAGUAUAACACCGCGAACCAUACAAACAGCUCCGCAUACAACUGGGAUCACCUUCUACAAUUGCCUGCAUGUGUACCAGGGGACAGAAAAAAAACAAAACAAAGAAAGCACAAAUGAGCCUCCGAGUGUCUGCUUCGAUUCGGAUACCAUAAACCUAAGAUGGCGGUUGCGCAAACCUCAACAGUAUCUUGUCCUGCGUGUAGUGACCUUACCACUAUUUGCCAGCAAGUACCACUCACAGGGGCAUUUAUUCAGAGGCUGUUAGACAAACUGCAAGCACUCAGGUUUCUCAUGAAUCCCGGCAUCUGACAUGGGAUUUCCUGUAUAGCGAUCUUUGCAAGUAAUUUGAUUUAGUUGGAAAUCAAUAUUUGAUUGUUUUAGGAUAUCAUCAGUUCCUGAGGCACGGAUACAUGUACCGGAAUAAAAAUUAAGUCCAAUCGGUACUCCUGAACAGUUUGCAGUACGCAGACAUUUAAAAACAUCCAUCCAUUCCCCCCCCACACUGUGUUGGGAGAAAAGUUGGCAUACUCACCAAAAGGUCUCUUCCAGGGUGUUCCUCGUGAAGCCCAGGAUCGUCCAUGAGAUGGGAACAAUGAAGUGGGUUUGUAUUCUGGGGCAGGUGAUAGAGUAGGAAAGGAGCCUCUGCUUUGUCUUUGUGUCACAGGCAUCAUGGCUGGACACACGGCUCCUUGCUAUUCCAUCCCCUUAAAAAAAACCUUUGGUGAAAGCACCCAUUUCAUGGAGCUCUGUGCCUUGUCCAAGGCCGGAAGACUGCCCAAAUAUUUCAUGAAAGAUUUACUGAACAGUAAGACUUCAGCUUCCGCCCCAGGCUCAUUGCUUGCCCAUUGGCCAACAUGCAGACUGCGUUAGAGCCAGCCUUUUGCCACCUCAAAGUUAAACUAAAAUGUGCCUGUCAAUCAGCUCUUUGGUCACAGGACCUAGUGUGUCUAGUAAUUUAUCUUAGCAAUUCUUCGGAAUUGCCUACCCCAUCUGCAGAAAGAGGAUAGCAUAAGUCAUCAAAGUCAAAUAUAGGAGAUACAUUUUUGAUACAAAAGAUCGCCACCUGCUUCCAUAAUUGGCAUGGCUGAACCCGAAGCUGUAUUUCCAGUGGGUGUGGGAAAUUGCUUUCCCUCUGAAUUGGAAACUUGGUGCCCGUAGGAGUCCAAACAUGGCCCCUCAGAUAAAUUGUCCUCACUCAAGUCCGAAUCGGACAAAUCACGUUUCUAGGAUCUGGCUUAUUUUUUCAUUUGUGCAGUGGGUGCGCAAUAGCUAUGGUUAUUCUUGUCAAUUAGGAGAGGAUUUUCCUUGUCAGGCAUUAGUGAGGUAAGGUGUUUCAGUUUAGCUUGUGCCUUGCUGCCCAAAGAUUCAGGCUUCAGGGCAUUUUAAGUAGAAGUGUGGGGAGCUUGCAGGGGUCACAUGCUGUGCUUGCAUAAAUGCUGGAUCAAUAAAGUGUGUAAUUGAGGAGAACAACACCCCCAUGGCUGAAGAGAGGGAUCUCUUAAUAGAUUUAGCCAUCGCAUUGUCCAACAGUGCCUCGAUUUCCUUUGGCACCAUAAGGACCGUAUCAUCACAGUAAUCCUGUAACCUAAAAACCUUACAGAAGCAAGGUGAAGUGCGCUCAGGGAGUGUAGGAGACGUCAACUGCCAGUGUAUACCGAAUCCGAGAUGUAGAGAGGAGGUGGUGGCGUGCAGUUUCCAUUCGAUUAUUGAGUGUACUCCCAGGACAGAGAAAAUUCACAACCAAAUAGAAAGUGUGAACACUGAAAUAAACAACAACAACAUAAAACUAUUCCCCAUAACAUAAGAUAGCAAAAAUAGUCAGAAAAACAGAACACUAGUUGUACUAACUAGUCGGAGGGAGCUGCAAAUAAAGAGGAGGUGCUAGAUGACAUCACACCCAAACCAUUCUCAGUUGUGAUUGGUUAUAAUGUUUACAUGCAGUUUUUGUGUUUACUUGCAAAUUAUUACCUUUUUUUUUGUUGUUUUUUGUUUGCUGCUGAGAGAAAUAAAAGAAAGCAAAAAAAUAAUAGGAGCCUCUGUAUCUUUAAAGGACCUCUAUAGGCACCCAGACCACUUUGGCUCAAUGAAGUGGUCUGGGUGCCAGGUCCCCCUAGUUUUAACCCUGCAGCUGAAAUCAUACAGUUGCAAGAGAAAGUAUGUGAACCCUUUGAAAUGAUAUGGAUUUCUGCACAAAUUGGUCAUAAAAUGUGAUCUGAUCAUCAUCUAAGUCACAACAAUAGACAAUCACAGUCUGCUUAAACUAAUAACACACAAAGAAUGAAAUGUUGCCAUGUUUUUAUUGAACACACCAUGUAAACAUUCACAGUGCAGGUGGAAAAAGUAUGUGAACCCUUGGAUUUAAUAACUGGUUGAACCUCCUUUGGCAGCAAUAACUUCAACCAAACGUUUCCUGUAGUUGCAGAUCAGACGUGCACAACGGUCAGGAGUAAUUCUUGACCAUUCCUCUUUACAGAACUGUUUCAGUUCAGCAAUAUUCUUGGGAUGUCUGGUGUGAAUCGCUUUCUUGAGGUCAUGCCACAGCAUCUCAAUCGGGUUGAGGUCAGGACUCUGACUGGGCCACUUCAGAAGGCGUAUUUUCUUCUGUUUAAGCCAUUCUGUUGUUGAUUUACUUCUAUGCUUUGGGUCAUUGUCCUGUUGCAACAUCCAUCUUCUGUUGAGCUUCAGCUGGUAGACAGAUGGCCUUAAGUUCUCCUGCAAAAUGUCUUGAUAAACUUGGGAAUUAAUUUUUCCUUCGAUGAUAGCAAUCCGUCCAGGCCCUGACGCAGCAAAGCAGCCCCAAACCAUGAUGCCCCCACCACCAUACUUCACAGUUGGGAUAAGGUUUUGAUGUUGGUGUGCUGUGCCUUUUUUUUCGCCACACAUAGUGUUGUGUGUUUCUUCCAAACAACUCAACUUUGAUUUCAUCUGUCCACAGAAUAUUUUGCCAGUACUGCUGUGGAACAUCCAGGUGCUCUUGUGCAAACUGUAAACGUGCAGCAAUGUUUUGUUUGGACAGCAGUGGCUUCCUCUGUGGUAUCCUCCCAUGAAAUCCAUUCUUGUUAAGUGUUUUACGUAUUGUAGAUUUGCUAACUGGGAUGUUUUGUAAGUCUUUAGCUGACACUCUAGGAUUCUUCUUAACCUCAUUGAGCAGUCUGCGCUGUGCACUUGCAGUCAUCUUUACAGGACGGCCACUCCUAGGUAGAGUAGCAGCAGUGCUGAAGUUUCUCCAUUUAUAGACAAUUUGUCUUACCGUGGACUGAUGAACAGCAAGUCUUUUGGAGAUACUUGUAUAACCCUUUCCAGCUUUAUGCAAGUCAACAAUUCUUAAUCGUAGGUCUUCUGAGAGCUCUUUUGUGCGAGGCAUCAUUCACAUCAGGCAAUGCUUCUUGUGAAAAGCAAACCCAGAACUGGUGUGUGUUUUUUAUAGGGCAGUGCAGCUGUAACCAACACCUCCAAUCUCAUCUCAUUGAUUGGACUCCAGUUGGCUGACAUCUCACUCCAAUUAGCUCUUGGAGAUGUCAUACUUUUUCCACCUGCACUGUGAAUGUUUACAUGGUGUGUUCAAUAAAAACAUGGCAACAUUUCAUUCUUUGUGUGUUUUUAGUUUAAGCAGACUGUGAUUGUCUAUUGUUGUGAUUUAGAUGAUGAUCAGAUCACAUUUUAUGACCAAUUUGUGCAGAAAUCCAUAUCAUUACAAAGGGUUCACAUACUUUUUCUUGCAACUGUAUCAGCCACUAUAGGCCGCUUCCGCGAUUCUCAAUGCUGAAAUCGCAUUGAACUCACGCUGGACGUCCAUAGGAAAGCAUUGAGUAAUGCUUUCCUAUGGGCCGUUUCUGUCCGCGCAUGCGCUUUGGAGUGGACAUCGGCGGGGGGAGGAGAGGUCACCAGCGCAGAGGGAGCCCGGCGCUGGAUUAAGAUAAGUGGCUGAAGGGGUUUUAACCCCUUUAUCCCAGCGGGAGGGGGGCUUCAAGGGUGGGGGACCUAAUAACCCUAGAGUGCCAGGAAAACAAGUGCUUCUUUAACAAAAUCUGGUGUGUGGCUAAGGCUGUGGUUAAGAAACCAAAAGUGAAGUCAAGAUGAUUAAAGAGAAUCGUGAAAACAGACAACAGUUCAAAUAGCUUGCCCUUCAGUGGGUCCCCGCUCAGUUCUUAAGCUUAUCUUGUGUCAUAACAGAGAAAACCUUAAUUAUUUGCAUACCUGUCUAAUGCUACCUAAAAUGGAGAUCCAGAAGCGAAAUGCAGGCUGCCUCCCUCUACACGAUGGAUGCAAUGGUACAAGAUGAGGUACUAUCACCUUAAGAACUGAGCAGGGACCUACCGAAGUGCAAGCUAUUUAAGUGUUGUCUUUUCUCACUAUUCUCUUGUGGGUCUCCCUAAAGUAAAAGGAUAAUCCUGAUCUAGACCCUCUAUGCCUAGAGGGUAUCAACGACACCUCACUGACCAGGCUCCCCAAAGCUAAAACAAUUGUAUGUUUUGUACAGAGGUGCCAACCUUCAUUUUGGAUCUGAAUCACUAUUUUGGGUGGGAUCAGUCAGAUAUUCGAAUGUUUAGGCUCUCUGUGUAAUUGCACAAUAUGAACUAAAAUCAACUUGAGAACUGAGCAGGGACCCACCGAUGGGCAAGUUAUUUGAGUUGUUGGCUGUUUUUAGUAUUUACUCUUGUGCUCUAUUUUGGAUAUUGUUAAGGAAAACUUUUAAUGUGUUAUGGUAAUUAACGAUCAUCCGUUGUAACUUGGCAAAAUUAUCUUUUGUUUUCCUUAAGGUGGAGGAAUGGAGCUCAUGGGACGAAGAGGCCCCAACAAGUAUAAAGAUUGAAGGGGGUAAUGGUACCUUAACCACACAGAAUUCUGCUGAAGAUGAGACUGAUUUCUUUAAGGAUAUGACUCCAACAAUAAGGAAAACACAAAAAGUGAGUUUCAUUAUCCUUAAUUUAAAUAGCUUGAACUAGGAACUAUCUAUUUUUUAUUUUAUUUUUUAUAAAUUCUAUAUGUCUAAUGUUCGUUUAUAUCCAAAUGCUGAUCUAUUUUAAACCUGUGUUUUAUUCCUGAUUAAAAGGGAUGCAUUCAAUCACGAUGUCAUAAAAUACAUGCGCCUAUGCACACAUCAAAUGAGAAACAUGAACAACAUACUGGUGGUGCAACACCCGAGGCAAUCAAAAAUUGUUUACAGUAAAUACAUAAAGAAAACAGUGAUGCAUCACACCAAAAUAGAGUACAUCAAGCACAUGUUUUUGAUUAUUUACACAUUGACAAAGGUUUUAACAUUACUGUACGUAGUAAAAACUCUAAAAUACAAACAGAAAGAAAGGAGCACGUGUUUCAAUCAGUGUUAAUUAAAAACAAUGUUGCCUGUGGCAGAGCUCCAUGUACCCUGCUUGGGUGCCUCUGCCAAGGACUGCUUCCUAGCUGGAACAGGGGAAAAAACCUCAGCGCUUCUGCCCCAGUCACCCUGGCUUGACUGGGGUCCUCCUGGAGCCUCUCCAUCCUGGAACAGGAUAGGGAACUAGCUCUAUUCACUGCCAGGGACUGGACGACACACAGUCCUGGGAGCUGUAGUCCUUACAAGGACUUUCCCUGCUGAAUCCUCCAUGAGCUGGAACAAGGUGCUGAGCAGUGAUUAGCCUCUUCCCCUCCAAGUAACUAGACGACACAUAGUUCUGGGAGUACAACUGAACUGUUUAAUGGGACAUGGUACAGCCAAUUUAUCCACAGACCCCCAGCAUGGGGUCUCCAUACAAUUGCACAAAAAAUUCACCAAUGGGAAUACAAAACAGGUCACAGAGACACAAAGAACUACAAAGCAACAAAGUGAUUCCUUACGCUAGUUACCACCUUUCCCUGUGCCAACAGACCAUGACAAGUAAAGGUUAUCUUGGUUGUACCCCCUGUCCCUUCAGAGCAAUCUCUGGUUACAUCAACACAUCCCUUUGCUGUAGUAGAUUGACUUGCUGGCUUCCACAGCAGGAGGUCGCUCACAGUGCAACAUUAACACACAGAAUACAUUUCACACCUAACUAGAGUUUAUAGAGCUGCUGUCCAAUUCCCCCCCUUUGUUGACCCACAGCUGAAUAUACAGACACACAUACUGCUCUAUGUAGAAUACAGGUACACAAUACAGCGAUAUCUAGAUACAUGGAAAAUAGUCACAAACUUGUGGCUUGCGCCAAACAAAUCAGGCCAUCCAUCACAUAUCUCUCCUCAUAGAAAUAGACAGGCUUGUGGCCAGACCCACGACGGGCCUUCAAGUCUGUUGGACCCCCUUAAGUCCACAGUCCAAGUCCUUGGGGGUCCAGUGUGCCUGGACAAGUGGGUGCAAGGCAGUCUCUGGUCUCUUCGUGUGUGUGUGGGCAAAACGGUAGCCAUUCUCCCCUCCCAACUCCCCUCUCCCAGGGCAGAAUCAGUCAGGGAAAACACAAGGGGGUACACAAACAAUACAUUGUUAAAUAGCCCUGAUUGGAGCGCCCAAGUUCUCCAAAUAGCACUCAGAACCAUGCAGUGUAGUUAGGUCCUCUAUCCGGCUAAAUAUAUAAUAACUCCCAAACGGUGUCCCAGUCCUGGACCAUUGUUGAUGGGCAGGAGGCCGGCUUCUACACUCAUCCAGGAGUCCGUGGGAAGGAGCGUUUGUCACAUCGCCGUUGAAUGCUUAUGGGCUCUGAGUGAUUGAUAAAGAUUGGACAGCCUUUAAAGGGAAUAAAUGCGAAAUGAAGAGAUAUCUAAAAUGUAUGAGGUCCACCGUUUCUUCUGUUCGUAACUCAUACGAGAGUGUAGUGGGUAAAAUAGAAAGAAAUGAGAAUAGAUUCAGAAAAGGAAUUGGUGGGUUUCUUUUAAAGAGUUGAUUUGAAGAGCAUUAAAAUAAUCGGUGGAUGGGUUGCGAGUGGAAUCCAAGAAGAGAAUAUGAUGUUGGCAAGCAGGGGUGAGUCUAGGCAUCCAUGUGUGGUAAGGUGCAUUUUGGGGCUUAUCCCCAAAGCGGGAGAGCUGUAAGCAGUUCCCACCCCCCUUCCUGCUCCAGUCGUUCAAAACAAUAUUUGUGUACUUUGAGAUAUAAACACAUAUGUCAAAAUACACUUAUGAUGAAAUCAUAGAUGCAUUAUAUAUGUAUAAUAUAUUAUAAAAUGCUUUAAUUAUAAUAUGUUAUACAUAUAUAGGAAAUAAGUGUGUGUGUGUGUGUGUGUAUAUAGGUAUGUAUGUAUAUAAAUUUUAUUUAAAAAAACCUGCUAACUUUGGCCAGCGUUUGUGACUAAGUGGCUACUUAACCCAUAAGACCUGAACAUUAGGGGCACUGUUGUACUCGGGAGAUAUUGCUGAACACUUAUUGGGGUGUUCUUUGUCAGUAACACAUAACAGGAACUGAGAAUCUGUGCCUAAAGUACAAUGUGAGAGAAAAAUAACAAAAAAAUGACUACCCAAAGUUUUGACAAAGGUGGUAUAAUUAGUGCAUGGAAAGUGUUAAAAUACCACCAUUUGAAAUACCCUAGGGUGUGUACUUUUCAAAAAUAUAUGGUUUGUUGGGGGUAAAUUACACUGGCUAGCUUCAAAAAUGUCCCAAAUAGAACAUGGGUGCAUGAUGACCAACUGUUAAAAAUUCCAAGUUGGAAAACUGGAAUGCGCACCCUCUAUAUAAGGUCUUUUAGCCCCCAGAGAACCCGACACAGCUAUACAUGGGUGGUAUCACUGUACUCCGGAGACGUUACUGAACACAUAUUGGGGUGUUCUUUGGCAGUAACUCUUAAAGUUCUCCGUACAUGUAUUCUUAAAUUGCUAUCUGUCAAAAAAAUCGCCAAUAAUUUUGUUUGUUUUUUUACAUUUGGCAUAGAUUGGUGGUAAAAUGGUUGAAUGAAAAGUCAGAAUACCCCAAGUUUAAUAGCUUAGGUUGUCUUCUUUUAAAAAAACUAUACACGUGAAGGGUUAUUCAGGGAUUCCUGUUAGUGUUACAAUGUAAUUUGCGUUCAUUUUGAAUAAAAAUGGUUUGGAAAUGGCAAAGUACUACUUGUACUUAUUGCCCUCUAACUUUCCAAAAACCGCUAAGUACAUGUUAACAUUGGGCAUUUCUAAACUCAGGACAAAAUUUAGAAACUAUUUAGCAUGGGUGUUUUUUGGCGGUUGUAGAUGCGUAACAGAUUUUGAGGGUCAAAGUUUGAAAAAGUGGGGUUUUUUUUUUUGGUUUUUUUUUCAUCAUAUUUUCUUUUUUUUUUAUAGUAAAUUUAUAUGAUAUGAUGAACAUAAUGGUAUCUUUAGAAAGACAAUUUAAUGACGAGGAAAAACUGUCUGUGAUAUGUGUUGGUCCAGUAAAUGAGUAAGAGGAAAAUUUAAAGCUAAACACAAACACUGCAGAAAUGGUAAGAAAAUCAAAAAAAUUGAAAAACUGUCUGGUCACUAAGGUGUUAAAUAGCAGUUUGUUUUUAUCUUUGACAUUAAAUAGUAGGAAUUAAAAAUUAGAUUUUAAUAAACAGAUGCAUGUACAUUGUGUAUGGAGGACAAGAAAUUACAGGCAACUUGAAAGACCUGUUUAUUGAUUAUUUUAUUUGUCUCUUAACCCCUUCAGACCGGAGGGCGCACUAUUACACCCUAUUAUAGGCGGCUCUAAACGCCGCCGGGCGUAAUAGUACGCCCUCCGGUCUUUCGGUACUUACCCGGUCGCCGGCGGUCCCACGCCGGCGAUCGCGGUGGGGGGGACUCCCAGGGAGCCCCCCGCUGCAUGUCCGUCCUCCACGAAGCCCCCCGGCCGUGUGAGAGUGGGGUCCUUGCGAGGACCCCACAAUCACAUGGCCGGGGAUAGCUGGCUUCUGUAUUGCCAGCAGGGGGGCUGCCUGUAAUGACAGGUGGUCCCCCUGCUGGCUGAGAAUAAAAUUUUAAAUAAGUUAAAAGUGUAAAAAAAAUAAUAUAUACUUAGAUCAUAUAUGAUCUAAGUAUAUAUAUAUAUAUAUAUAUAUAUAUAUAUACAUACACACAUGUACACCGUCUAGGUGUAUUUUACUAUAAAUAUAUAUAUAUAUAUAUAUAUAUAUAUAUAUAUAUAUAUAUAUAUAUAUAUAUAUAUAUAUAUAUAUAUAUAUAUAUAAAUAUAACAUAAUAAUGGCACUCACCCUUGCUUCAAAAAAGUAAUAAUCACUGUGCCCCGGUGCAAACCUAUGCUAAUAAAUAGUAUAAUUGAAAAAAGGAUGCACUCAGAGGUCUUUUAGAAAAAAGUAAUGUUAUUUAAUCCAUAGAAGGUUUACAAAUAACUUGAUCGACGUUUCGACCCAAUAGGGUCUUCCUCAGGAUCAAUAUGUAAACAUAAAACCUACAUAUAUAUAGGAAAGCAUAAAGUGUACUCACCAAUUGUGAUACAGUUCCCUCAUCCCUCCCAUCCGAACCCGGAAGUGAAAACCAGAAGUGACGUAACGUAAAGGGAAUUACGUGUACAACUGUUGGCUGUGAACGUGGUUGCUAGGAAACCAAUACACAUAUCAAAAAUUGGUUUCAAAACCGAGUGGAUGCUGAAAUAUAAGUGGCUAUUUAAACAAUAUAUAUAGCCAGUAUCUGCAGUGUGUGUAGGAUCAUUCAGUAAAAGUGCCAGUGCAAAAAUAGAAAAAUAAGUGCCUGUUCAAAAUAUACAAAAGACAACUAUGUGGUAAAGUGACUAAUGCCCAAAGUGAAGAAGCUAUAUACACUGAGACAAAAACAUACAUCUUAAAAACAUAAGUAUUAGCCAUGAACAAAAAAUAACAGUAUAACAUUAUGUUAUUGUCUAUAUAUCAUCUAUUAAUAUUGAUCUAUAGGCUUUAAAGGCUUUAAAGGCAUAUAUUAUAGAAUCUGAUUAUCAAAGCAAAAGAUUUUUGUACGAAUAAUGCUACACAGUCAAAAAUAAAUUUAUAAAGUAUGAGAUACUAACUCUAAUAAAUCCAAAGUUGUUUAGGGAAUUUAAAUAUUAUAUCUUAAAGGGUCCCAAAGCAACGGAAUAUGUAUUCCCCAAAUGUUAUAUAGGGCAGUAUGUAUAUGAAAACAAAUUAAAGGAACAUAGAGUACACGAUGUUUUCAUUGAGCCCCUUAGGUGCUACCGUGUCCAAUCGAUGUAUCCACCGUGCCUCCUUCUGUAAAAGCAUCUUAGAUCUAUCUCCCCCUCUGGGUAAGGGGGGAAUAUGAUCAAUGGCUGUGAAACGGAGAGUUGGUAGUCUAUGUCCCAGAGCAAGAAAAUGUUUCGCCACUGGCUUAUCGCUAUAAUUGUCCCGAAAUGCGGUUGUGAUUGUAGAUCGAUGGCCCCGUAUCCGGUCCCUAAGGGUACGGUCCAUCUUACCCACAUAGGAUAGUCCACAGGGGCACGUAAUUAAGUAGAUCACAUGGUCAGUGGUACAGGUAAUAUAUUGAGAAAUAUUGAUUCUUUGACCACUAUGAGGGUGGGCAAAAGUAGCCCCACUGACCAUGUGACUACAAGUAACACAUCCUCCACAUUUGAAACAUCCUUUUUUGACAGUUUUAGAGGUUUUAACAUAGCAAUGUCUGGGAUCAUUUUUUACAAGGAUGUCUUUGAGGUUUCUAUUCCUCUUGUAACUUCGCAUCGGUCGAUUUUGAAAAGAUUUGGGUAAUUGUUUGUCUGUUUGUAACAUAUCCCAGUGUUUAUAGAUAGAGUCUCUAAUUCUUGAAGUCCCUGUGUGAAAAGUUAGGGGUAGAAAUAUCCUAGAUGUUGUCAUUGUUUUGACUUUUUUGUUAUUCUUCAUUUCAGAUUCCCAUAUUUCUUUCGCUUUUUUAAAAGCUAAUUCAAGAGUACAACGAGGGUAUCCCCUAGCCCUGAAUCUGUUCCACAUUUCUUUUAAGUUGUAUCUCACAUCUUUCGUUGGUACUAUUAUAUCUAUAUACCCUCAGAAACUGGGAUAUAGGUAAAGAGGCUUUAAAAUUCCUUGGAUGAAAACUUGAAGAUAAUAGUAAGGUGUUUCGCUCUGUCUCUUUGCGAUAUAGUGUGAACUCCAACUUGCCUUGAUUUUUAAAUACAGUCACAUCCAAAAAUUCUAUAGAUUGUGUGUCACAUGUCAUACUUAGCUUCACUGGUGUAGAGGUUUGGUUGAUCUCUUGUAACAUGGAGUCCAAUUCCUCCAUAUUACCCAUCCAAAUCAGAAAAAUAUCAUCGACAAAGCGAUGAUAAUGUUUAAUUUGAUUUCCAUAUUUUUGUAAAAUCCAUGCAUUUUCAAAGACAAACAUGAAAGCAUUUGCAUAGGAGGGUGCCAUGGCUGCACCCAUAGCUGUCCCAGAUGUUUGUAGGAAGAAAUUAUUUUCAAAUUUGAAGUAAUUACAAGAAAGAGCAAUAAGUAAGAACUCCAUAAGAAACUCUGUAGGUGGUCCCAAGUAUAAUGAGGAGGAGCUAAGGACCUCUCUCAAAGCCUGGACACCGUCAUUGUGAGGUAUGACGGUGUACAGGCUUUGGACGUCCAUAGUAACUAGUAAGUGUGAUUCUUCAAUGUCUGGAAUUAAAUUGAUUUUGUGAAUAAAAUCCUGAGUGUCACGUAGACAUGUGGGUAAUGCCAUUACACUUUUCUUAAUAUGAAAGUCAAUAUAUUUCGUGACAGGUUCAAGUAGGCCCUCUUUGGCUGACACAAUGGGUCUGCCUGGCGGUUUUAUGGGGUCCUUGUGGAUUUUAGGUAGUGUAUAUAACACUGGAUGUUUUGGAUUUACAACAUAUAAGUAUUGUGCUGUUUUGUCAUCUAAAUAUCCAUUGCGAAUUCCCAAUUCUAUAUGAUUUUUAAUCCUUGUCUGAAAUUUGCUGACGGGAUCAUAGGUAAGUUUCGUAUAUGUGGCAAUGUCAUCCAAUUGACGUAGUAUUUCUUGACGAUAAUUUUGAUACGAUUGUAUAACAGUAGCUCCACCCUUGUCAGCGGAGUGAAUCACUAUGUUAGGAUCAUCACUAAGAUCUUUAAGAGCCAUUUUUUCUCCUUUAGUAAGGUUCUGAUGAUAUUUUGGAGGGUUCUUAAAUAUUUGCUCUGUGUCCGCUUUCAAAGUUUGAAUGAAAGUUUUGAUAGAAGAAUUGAAAGUACGUAUGUCCUUGUUAGAUUUCCUAUAGAAUGGAUGGACUUGUUCUAUUAUGUUAUCCUUUCUGAGUUCGUUGCUAUAGAGUGUGCGCUGAGUCUUAUAGAUUUCAAUUUCCAUUUGGAAUGGGUCUGGUCUGGACACUGGGACAAAUGAAAGUCCUUUAUUCAAAACGGAAUAAUGGUCAGCAUUUAAAUUUUUUUCUGACAAAUUGAAUACAGAUGUCAUUUCCGUAUUCUCGGGGGUCUUCCAGUCGGAUUUAUGUUUUUUCCAGUUAUUCUGUCCUCGUCGUAUUGGGCGGUUCUUUUUGCGCCUCUGGUAUUGAUACGGGGAAUAUCUGGUGGUUCCCUUGGUUGUGGACCUCCUUCUAAAAAAUUGGCCCCAGCCUGGGCUCUGCUAUCACCCCUGCUGUCAGGGUCAGACGUUGAAUCCCCAGAGCUAGCAUCAAUCGUUUGGAAAGAUGGUUUACGUAUUUUAAUUCUAGAUCUCACAUUUAACCUAUGGGUAUCCUGCGAGCCUCCCAACCAUCUGUAUACCUGAUGAAAUUUGUAAUCAUUAUUCACUUUUUCCAGUUUCUGUUUUUUAAAACGAAUAAGUUCAUUUUUGUAUCUACUUAAUUCAUCAUGUAAUUUUAGCAUUUGAACGGUUGCAGUGGAGGCUUGUAGUAUGUUGGAGUUCGUUGUUUCUAUAUUCUGUAUAGACUGUUUGACGAAUAUAAGUUCUCUACCAACUUCUUCCACUACGGUAACCAUCCAGUCUAAUGAGCAUUUAUUGGAUAUUUGCAUCCACUUCCUACAAAAAUCAGGAUUUUGCCGUCCUAUAGUGGGUGCAUUUCUCACCCUAAAACCUCUAGGUAUCCUUUUUGAUCUAUGGUAGUCUGAUAUAAAGACCCCAUGUAGAUCUAGAUCUAUUUCUCUUUUUUUCAAUUUGAUAAGAUCAUUAUAAAGAUCCUGUAUAGAAUUGGUAUAUGCUAAUUCACCCGAGGUUUGUGGCCAGAGAAUAGCACUAGCUUGUUCAUCUGAAAUAGUAAGGGUUUCUGCAGAUUCUAUUAAGGCUCCUGCCUUGGCCAAAUGUUAAAACCUCUUGGUGUAUUACAACGAUAUCGCCAGUAAAAGUGACGUUUUUUGAAUUUUUCACGCACAAACAGCAUUACACGGACAAUAUUAUUGCUGUGAUACUUUUUACUGUUUUGAAACACAAAUAUGUGUUCAGCGAAGUCUCCCGAGUACAACAGUACCCCUCAUGUACAGGUUUUAUGGUGUUUUCAAAAGUUACAGCGUCAAAUAUAAGGCUUAUGUUUCAUUUUUUUCACAUUAAAAUUCGCCAGAUUGGUUACGUUGCCUUUGAGACCCUAUGGUAGCCUAAGAAUGAAAAUUACCCCUAUGAUGGCAUACCAUUUGCAAUAGUAGACAACCCAAGGUAUUGCAAAUGGGGUAUGUUCAGUCUUUUUUAGUAGCCACUUAGUCACAAACACUGGCCAAAAUUGGCAUUUUUUGCAUUUUUCACACAAACAAAUACUAACGCUAACUUUGGCCAGUGUUUGUGACCAAAUGGUUACUAAAAAAGACUGGACAUACCCCAUUUGCAAUACCUUGGGUUGUCUACUAUUGCAAAUGGUAUGCCAUUAUGGGUGUAAAUUUCAUUCCCCGGCUACUAUACAGUCUCAAAGGCAACGUAACCAAUCUGGCGAAUUUCAAUUUCAAAUGUAACGUGCUAUAUUUGACCCUGUAACUUCCCAAAACGCCAUAAAACCUGUACAUAGGGGGUACUGUCUUACACGUGAGACUUUACUGAAUACAAAUAUGUGUAUUUUAUUGCAGUAAAAUCAAACAGUAUUAUGACACUGACCUUUAAAAUGCAAUUUAGAACUAAAAAAAUCAAAAAAAUCUUAUUUUCUCCCAUUUUUUUCAUAUUAAAUUGUUUCAUAGCUAAAUAUUUGAUAUUAAAUGAAAGCCCUGUUUCCCCUGAAUAAAAUGAUAUAUAAUAAGGGUGGGUGCAUUUACUAUGAAAGAGGUGUAUUACGGUUGGACAGACAUGUAGCGCAAAUGCCAGGUUUUGUUUACAUUUUGUUUUGUUCACAACGUGUACAUUUGGCUCCGUCCUUAAGGGGUUAAAUAUGAACAUGCUUUUGUUUUUGUUUUUUAAUGUAUUUUUGUUUUUCUUUCCAUUUUGUGGGUUAGGUUUUCUUACAUGUGUAUGAUUUCUAAGUUGAACAUCCAAGCACUGAAACAGGGAACUAUUUACUCUAAAAACAUGUCCUGCUAUUUACAUUUAAACAAUAAAUUUUACUGGAAGGUCCUAUGCAACAGUGUAUUUGUCAGUAUCUUAUAUGACCUGCAUUAGUCUGGUUAGAUUUGAGAUAUGAUGCUUCUGUUAGACCUUGUAUAUUGUCUGAAUAAAUUGUCAGGCCAAGUGAAAUUGUAUUACGUAUUUAUUUUUCACUCUACGGCAUUUUAUUGAGCUUUAUUUCUGUUUCCAACUCCCAGAUCAUUAUAAAGAAGAGGGAGCCAAUGAAUUUUAGUGUUCCUGACGGCAAUUUAGGAAAUUUCUCCAGUAGACUGCUGCCAUCACAAGAUAUCCCAUUUGUACAUCAGUCUGUGAGUAUACUGCAUUUAUGUUUCAACAUUUAACCUGCUGAUUUGAGUUGAAACUGUUGUAAAUUAGUGACACUUGCUAUUUUGAAAGGGCUGUUCUAGCUUGUAGUAUUCUAUAGCCAUUAACAAUAAAAUGGAUAUGCCUUCAACUGCACUUGACCAUCAGACUUUCAUCCUUCAAAAGUUGGUACAGUGAGUACUUUCUAGUUAGGUAAUAACAUAUAGACCAAGGUGUAUUUCAAAACAUGAUUCUUUUUUUCCCUAACAGUUUGAUAUUAUUAUUCAGUAGUGUGACCCUAGUGACCAAAAACCCCUCUUUAAUAUAGUUACAUAGGCUGAAGAGAGACAUGUGUCCACCAAGUUCAGCCUUUUUAUUGGCAAACAACCCAGUGUGAAGCAUUUCCAAUUUUGCAACAAAUUAUGAAAAAAAUCAUUUUUGACCCCAGAAUGGGAGUCAGAUGUAUCCUUGGGUCAAGAAGCUAUUACCCCACAAUUUAAACAUUAUAUGCUUGAAUGUUAUGUUUUUGCAAGUAUGCAUAUGAUUGCUGUUAUAACUUCUGUACAGACUCUGAUAAAACCACUUAUUUAGGCAUGGAAUUCAACAUCCUUAUUGUUCUUACUGUAAAAAAAACCAACAACUUUCCUUUGCCUUAUACUAAAUCUCCUUUCUUCCAGUCUAUGUGUGACCUCUUGUCCUAUGUAUAGUUCUGUUUGUGAAUAGAUUACCAGACAAUGGUUUGUAUUGGCCCCAGAUAUAUAAACUAUUAAAGGAACACUAUAGUCACCUAAAUUACUUUAGCUAAAUAAAGCAGUUUUAGUGUAUAGAUCAUUCCCCUGCAAUUUCACUGCUCAAUUCACUGUCAUUUAGGAGUUAAAUCACUUUGUUUCUGUUUAUGCAGCCCUAGCCACACCUCCCCUGGCUAUGAUUGACAGAGCCUGCAUGAAAAAAAAACUGGUUUCACUUUCAAACAGAUGUAAUUUACCUUAAAUAAUUGUAUCUCAAUCUCUAAAUUGCACUUUAAUCACAUACAGGAGGCUCUUGCAGGGUCUAGCAAGCUAUUAACAUAGCAGGGGAUAAGAAAAUCUCAAUUAAACAGAACUUGCAAUAAAGAAAGCCUAAACAGGGCUCUCUUUACUGAAAGUGUUUAUGGAAGGCUGUGCAAGUCACAUGCAGAGAGGUAUGACUAGGGUUCAUAAACAAAGGGAUUUAACUCCUAAAUGGCAGAGGAUUGAGCAGUGAGGCUGCAGGGGCAUGUUCUAUACACCAAAACUGCUUCAUUAAGCUAAAGUUGUUCAGGUGUCCCUUUAAUUCUUUAUUACUUUCUUUAAGUCAAAACUGAACAUUUAAAGAAUGGAGAUUGUUGGUACCACUGCAAUGGCCAUUAUAGUGUAAGCUUGCCAGCUAUGGUAAGGCGCAAACCCAUUAACUACGUUCCAUACGAACAAUUCACUUUAAUGCUUUCAUAUACAAAGCAAAAUUCCUUAUGCAACAGACAUAGAAAUUUUUCUGAAUCUCUACAAACCUACUAACCUUACGUGGCACACAUGGGGUGGAUAGUAAAUCUGUAACAUGGCUGUUUAAUACAAAAAUAACAAAAAAUGUAUGAAUGUUACAAACUGGAAUAGUCUUUAAAAAAACUGCUCAUAUAGCAUCUGAAAGAUGCUGUGAUGUACGCCAAUUCUUCUGAAAUUACAUUAGUAAAUACUUUAUAAUAAGAGGUUAUCCAUGCAGAUAAAUUCCAGCCUUUUAUUCCACCCUCAUUUGUGCGGUUUCCUACUAUUCACCAAAUUAAACCAAAUUUCAUUUCUUGUACAAGCAGAAACUAUAUAGUAUAAGCACGUAAAAGCAAUAUUUAGUUAGUAAAAUUUCUUAAUUUGAUCACAUCUGUGAUUUCACUAACAAUGUCAACAGUGGCCUAAGCACUCUGUAACGAUCUGUUGAAAUAUACCUGUAUAUUUCCCUCCUGAACUUAGCAAAAUGAAGUACAUGGUGAGAAUUGUGUGCUAUAUGUUGUCUGUAUUGCCACUAGUGGGUCCCCUUGCUUAGAGAUCCAAGUCUGUAAAUAUACCACUAGGGGGUGCAAAGGGGAGAAAUAUAUCACUGCUUUUAGUGGACAACACAAAAAAAUAUAUUGCUGCUGAUUGUACAAUUUUAGGCUGAAUUGGGCGAUUUGGAAACCUGGCAAGAAAACUCUAAUGCUUGGGAGGAAGAGGAAGAUGCUGCCUGGCAAGCAGAAGAUGUGCUAAGGUAAUGACCUGCUGGUUUAGUUACUGCAAUCUUUGAUUUUUUUUUGUUGUUAUUUUACAUCUAUUUGGGAAUUUUCUACUUGUGUUCCCCUUGCUAUCCCUGAACUAGGUUCCUCUUGUAAUGUUUUAAUAAUCAUUUUUGCACUUUGUUUAUUUGCAUGUUGCAUGGAUUGCUCUGUGGUUCAUGACUCCUAUCAGAAAUUCUCAAAGUAAUUUGGGAAUUGGAAAGGCAGCCAUGGCAGAAAAGCAUUCGGGUUAUAGUGUCUAACUUUCUCCUGUAAGAUGUAAAAUUUGUGUAAUGCUUAGAAGUAUCAAGGUAAAUAUUAUAAAAUAGUAUAAGCAUACAAGAAAUCGAUAAAAUAAACAAAUUUAGAUGGAACUCUUUUCAAUGGCUCACAGGCAUUGAAAUGGGCAACCGGCAGGUGACUGAGAGGUCCCAGUGGAGCUCUAGCCUGCAGCUCUGUUGUGUUCCUCUCGCCCACACACUUUAACCCCUCUUCCCCCCUAACACCUCCCCCCUGCCCCACACACACACACACACACACACACAAAUAAAGCACCACUUCACAAAUUACAUUUCAGACACACACUAGAUCCUGUACACAACUCUGUAUCUUCUACACACACACACUAAAAUCCUUGUGUAAACUCUGAUUCCUCUACGCACGCACACUAAAUCUCCUAUACACUCUGUGGGUCCUCCACACAAACUAAAUCCCCUUACACACCAUAGACCCCUAUAGGCACACACUGCACCACCUACACACUUAAUACAUUCCUGACAUGCACACACUAGAUUCCCUGUUAGCAAACACACUCACUUUACAACCCCUACACACACUACAGCACCUAUGCAUACACUCGCUACAUCCUCUAUACAAACACACUCACUCUCUACAGCCACUAGCCACAUACAUUCCACCACAAGCACAACACAACUGACAUUUACACAAAACACCACACUACAAUUAACUCACUCUACGCACACACACGCUCCAAACACAUGCACAAAAUGCUUUUGUGGCCCUUUUGUCCUCUGGUAUCCCACUUAUGGAGCCAAACACAGUGCAAGCACCUUAAUAAAUUUGCUUGCGCUGCGCAGAACAAAUACAGGGCCUUUUUCUCAUGCGAGAGCUCUUUAGCAAGGCUCUGUGCAUGGGCUGCCCUGGAAGAGCAUUGACCCAACAUACUCCAUUUGAGAGGGAGCAUGCUUGUCAUUGGUGAUUACAAAACACCCCCCUUCUAUGGCCCGUUUUUUUUUUUUUUUUCUCUGCAUGGGAAUAAAUCACUCCAGUAGAAUUCAAGCCUAAAAUAGCAGUCUUAGCUACACAGUGCUCAGUAUUUAAUGUAGAUACGGAACACUGUCAAAAUAGCAAAUCAUCAAAUGUGUGAAUUAUGGUUGUUUCCAGAACGCCCUUGAAGCUAAGGUAUGGAAUAAAGAUACAAAGCUGCUAUAUAAAAGUAAAAACAAGAGGACACUAUUAAAGGGAAACUAUGGUGCCAGGAAAAUAAAGUUGUUUUUACUGACACUAUAGCUCCCCACUCCAUCGAGCCCCUUCCCCGAGUCUGACAUCAGCCAGCAUUGGAGACCUAGUGCACAUGCACGGCAAUUGCUGCGCUUGCGUUAGUAUUUCUCCCGUAGGAAAUCAUCUAUAAUGCUUUCCUAUGAGGUUUUGGGUGACGCUGGAUGCCCUCAUGCAUAGUGCUGGCUUGAGCUCUACCUCUGCUCCUCACGUCAGCCGGUGGAGGAGACCUAAUGCGAUGUGCAGCAAUGAUAAUAGUCAGCCCGGAUUAAAGUUCCUGGGCUGCAUAAGGUGCAAAUAUCUCAUCGGAUAUAUUUCUAAAUAAAAAUCUAUAAGAAAAUAGUAGAUAUGGGGCAAGUAGUGCUCUUAAACUAGACUAAAAGAUGUACCACACAAUAUCUCAAAUAACCAAAAUUAGCAAAAAUGAAUAGAUACAAGUAUUCAAAAACUUGGAGCAAAACUUGGAUGAACAGAAGAAUUAAAAUGUUGUUAAAAUAUAAUGUCCAGAUCCAAAACCAUGGAUCAAAUACAAAAUUAUUUGUGUUUUUAAGUUCCCGUAUUUCUCUCUGUGUUUGAAGCGUUUCAAGCUGAAAGUGUAAAAGCAGAAGUGGUUGUGGUGGUUUGAGUAACCCCUUAAUGACCAUUUUCAUGCAGUUUAGCUAACCUAUAAAUCACUUAUUUACAGGCAGCAGAAAAUAGCUGAAAGAGAAAAAAGGGCAGCAGAGCAGCAGCGGAAGAAAAUGGAGAAAGAAAUGCUACGGCAAGUGAAAAAAGAGCAGACCAAAAUUGGUGUCAAAUUAUCCUAA